AUGGCAAUUUCUCUGCUGUUAGGAAUUCUUCUUACAUUAGAGGCUAACGCAAUGAUUGAUAUGGACUUUCAAGAAGGCUUCAAAAGGAUUUCUCAAAUAAAGGACGAAGUUUCCAUAGACCUUAACGACACAAAUUUCGACACUACUAUAUCAACCUCCAAUUCACCUUGGUUUAUCUAUUUCUUUCAUCCACAAUGUUUUAAAUGCACAAUAUUCAGCCCUCAAUGAAAGUUUUUCGCUGAAGAUGCAAAAAAACAGUCUCAUCAAAUAAACAUCGCAAAAGUUAAUAUUUUGGCAAACCCCAAGCUUGCACAAAGAUUUAUGAUCUCAACAUUUCCUAACUUUCUUUAUUACACUGAUGGGUAUAUUUAUAACUAUACAGGUAAAACAGAUUCAAGAGAGCUCAAACUAGUUUAUUUAAACCACACAUAUUUGAUGUAUGACAGAAAAGAGCUGCCACCUCCGAUUACUCUUCUGAGAGAAGCAUACAACCUGGCUAGAUUUUUAUUCAAGAAAAUUUCAAGUCUUUAUUAUUGGAAAUUGCUGCCUAUCGUAGCGAUUUUUAUUGGGGUUUUUUAUUUUAUUUUGAAAUGCUGCAAAACCCAAAGAAAAUUAAAAAUUGAAUAA